AUGUCUGCCUCUCCCAGCUCAGAAUCGCCAUCAGACCGUGGUCAACAAGCAAUGCUAGCUUCCCAACGCGCCAAAGCGAAUAAUGAACAGACUAAGGGAGGCUAUUUCCCUCUGGGAUACAAAGCGGGAUUCCAUCAGUGGUGGGCGAGUGUUACACCAGCAAUGGCUGAACACAAUGUCCUAUCUUUUAUCCCAUACCUACAAAAGCCUCCGACCCACACGCAGACUGGCUCAGCUCCUGUCUCUGCACGCCAAUCAACUAGCUCGAUCAACAUAGAUCCUGCUAGAGACUCCGCGCCGGUCCGAACCAAUUCAAUAACCGAUCCGUAUGGUCCGAGGUCAUGGCAUUCGAACCUCGUCAAAUUGAGUGGAAGAGACAGAGCACUGAAUGAGUUUUCCGUGGAACGUGUUGGAGAAGAAGUCGAGGAGAACCUAGUUAUGCUACAUGGAUACGGAGCUGGGCUUGGAUUCUUCUACAAGAACUUUGAGGGCCUGAGUCGAGUCAAAGGCUGGAAAUUAUACGCACUAGAUAUGCUAGGAAUGGGACGAAGCAGCAGACCACACUUCAAGAUACACGCAAAGGACCAGGCCGGCAAGAUCACGGAAGCGGAGAACUGGUUUAUAGAUGCAUUGGAAGAAUGGCGGGUGAUGAAGAAGAUCGACAAGUUCACACUGUUGGGCCAUAGUUUGGGAGGCUAUAUGGCGGUAGCAUACGCGCUGAAGUAUCCUGGACACCUCAACAAGCUCAUCCUUGCGUCACCUGUCGGAAUUCCAGAGGAUCCCUACGCAAUGGCAGCAGACAUGCCAGAACCAGAAGACUCAGCCAUGGCCAAUGAGUUCUUACAAGACCAGGAGGAUGAUAUUGUGAACAGAAACGCAGAAUCGGGGAAAUCCAAGAAGACACCUGAUGGGCCCGCUCGUAGGCCCAUCCCGAAGUGGCUAAGCUAUCUCUGGGAUGCCAAUAUCUCUCCAUUCAGCAUCGUGCGCUGGUCAGGUCCUCUGGGUCCUCGAUUUGUGUCAGGCUGGACAUCCCGUCGUUUCUCACACCUUGCAGAAACCGAGUCCGAGGUCCUUCACACCUACGCAUACUCUCUAUUUCGCCAAAGAGGAAGCGGAGAAUAUGCUCUUGCAUAUAUUCUCGCCCCUGGAGCAUUUGCUCGAAGUCCGCUGAUCAGACGCAUACAGGGGGUGGGACGUCAACCUCUUCCUUCGCUGGCGCAAUCACAGCUCACUCAGAAGAUUGCAGAUGCCAAGCCAUCUACUUCUUCGUCAUCGACGAGUCAGACAUUGGUCAAGGAGACUGGUAUCCCCAUUGUAAUGAUGUAUGGCGAAAACGAUUGGAUGGAUAUUGCAGGUGGCUUUGCUGCCGAGCAGAAAUUGAAGGAAGAGAAAGAGAAAACGUUAAAGACGGCAACCGAGGAAGAGAAGAAGCGGGAGAACGGUUCCGCAAAAGUACUGAUCAUCAAGAAGGCCGGACAUCACGUUUAUCUUGAUGGAUGGGAGGAGUUUAAUGAAGUUAUGAGAAAGGAGAUGGAAGAGACGGCUAGGCAGACGAAGAAGAGAGAAGGGAAGCUGUGA